CUAGUUGCUACCUACCAUUAAACGCUGAAAUUUUAUAUCAUUCAAAACCUUGUAAUCGUAGGCAUAAGAAUGAUUCGCUGGGGGUUGGGAAAGAUAAUAUUAGACUAUAGCAACAUACAACCAAAGUUUUUUAUAACAUAUGUGUGAAAAAAGCUGUGCAACUGUUGUUUUUUACAUAUACACGAAAAAACUCUACGUCAAGUCUCUGUUGACAGUUUGCUCCAGUACUUUGCGUUGAUUGGUCGAUAUUUCGGAAUCGUAAAAAUUCAACCGGGACGAGGAGCGGUCAAAGUGACUAUAUAUGAAGUUUAUACUCACUUUGGGAGCGAUUUGGUUCUUCGGCGCAUUUAAAAUAAUAAAAAUAGAGCAUAGCCUAGUGCGGAUCUGGUAUUUUCUCUUUUUAUAAUUUACGAAUACGAGAUCUUACAAUCUGACAAUAGGCAGCAAAGUUGGAGAGAGAGAACACAUGCCCAAAAAGCUGGAAAAUGAGCCAGAGUGACAAUGAGUCAGACAUAUCAGAUGCUGAUCCAGCAGCAAUACUUGAUACCAUAGGGAAUAUUGACGAUCUUGAUGCUGAGCUAUUUGGGCCGAAAAAGACAACUGUGCCUGUAGAAAAGGAUGUCAAAACACCAAAAACGCAAACUGAAAAGAAGAAAGUCAGUUUUCAUGCUGAUAUCAAUGUAUCAAAUGGAGAUGAUAAAAACUUGGGAAGAUCAAGGCAAAAAGCAACAAGAUCCAAGGACGAUGACUUAGAUUUUGAUAUGGAUGAUCCAUUGGCAGGUUUAUUGUCUGAUGAAGACGAAGACAUGCCAUCGCGUGAUAAAGCGCAAUCGAAACCAGUAGAAAAGAAAGAUUCAGGGGCUGAUGAUUGGCUGUUCGAUGACGACGACGCUGAUGAUUUAUUAGAUGAUGGUGGCGGGAAAGCAAAAGCAAAAUCCAAUAUUGAAGGCAGAAAUGAAAACAAGGGACGGCUGUCUGUUGAAUCUUUAUUGAGAAGACCAAGUACUGACGAAUUAUUGAAGCCAACAUCUAAAAUGACUCUUGACGACUUUGCGUCUAAAGCUGCAAAGACAAGCCCAGACAAACUUGCAACCAGUCCUUACACAGCAAUACCCAGUCCUGCAACAGGUGGAAAACAAUUAAAAUUUGACGACGAGUUUGGUUUUGGAUCUUAUCAACCAAGUGUUACUCCAUCUACUGAUAACAGAAAGGGAAGAUCAAGAAGACAGCAAUCUGACAGUAACAAUUUUUUUGACUUCUUGAAUGAAGAUGAUGGUUUGAAAUCACCUCAACAGGAAAGAGCAUCCUCCCCGGUUGUUGCAAAGCAAACUCCUGUUUCUCGUCGUAAGAUAUCACCGACUCGUCCUAGUACUGCUGAUGUUCCAAGUUCUGCAUCACUCGAAGUUAAUUCAGAUAGAAAUCAAAGAGUCAGACCAAGAUCAUCAGAAACAGCACAAAUCACAGCAGCGUCAACUCAACAAAAACCUGUGAUAUAUGACACUCCUAUACCGACGAGGUCAACUUCUCAGAGUGAGAAAUCUGGUGUUGAUGAUGUUUUCCAAUCAAAAUCUUCAACUCCAGCAUUUAGUAGUCAACCUUCAAGACCAAGAAGAAAUGCAGAUUUUGCAUUUGUCAAUGAAGCUCCAAUCGUUCCACCAACCCCUACAACUAGAUCAAUGGCAAUAAAUGAAAAUAUCCAGCAACAUUAUACGACUGAGAGAACUAUAUCCACUGGUGAAGAAGCCAGAAAUCAAAGCUUGGAAUCUCAACUUGGUCAUACCAAAGCUUUGUUACAUAAUGUUGAACUUGCUUAUAAAGCUGACUUGGAACUUACCAAGACGACAUAUGAUAGCAGGAUUGAGUUGCUGAAAUCUUCGUUCAAUGACUUGAAAUCAAGAGUUGAUAGAGAACUAGAUAGUGUUCGGGAAUCCUAUUCAUCAAGAAUAUUAGUUUUAAGAAAUGCAAUGCAAACACAAGUACAAGCCGAUACAUCUAAGGAAUGUGAACAUCAGGAAGAAAUUAAAAGGUUGAGAAAUCUUCAUUUACAAGCAUUAGAUGAAUGUAGAGUGGACGGAGAAAAAGAAGUUGAACGAUUAAGACAAGCUCAUGGUAAAGAAAUGGAAGCAAUCAAGAAUUCAACAUAUCAUGCCAGGAAUAUAGAAUCAAUGAUGUCCAGGGUUGAAGAGGCCACCGAUAGGCUACAACAAUUAUCAUCGAAAUAUGAGUCAGCACAUAGAGCCAUGACUCAGCAAUCGGAAUCCAUUUCCCUGAGCAACAAGCAAUUAAUUUCAGUUGUCCAAAAUCAACUCGGUCAACAACAAAGAUCAACAUCGGACGCCCAAAUACAAAUGCAACAAACUGCAUCAAGACUUGAAGGACUUGUCUCAGAGAUGAACAGAAAAAUGGAAGAACAGCAUUAUGGCAUGCAGUUGUCUCAUAGCAACUUACAAUCAGCUCACACUGCAUUGCAAGAAGAAAGAAAACAGUUUAUGCAACAAAUUUCUUUGGAAAGAGAACAUUUAAGAAAGGCACAUAGAGAAAUGAUAAAUAUACAGAAUGAGAUCAGACAAGAAAGCAGAGAUGACACAACAAAGUUGAUCAGGGCAUCGGAUGAUCUGUCAAGCAUCGCUAUUAGGUACGAGGAGGCUAAAAUAACGGAAGCAGAACAAGCAAAUCGACGUAAUCGUGAACAUGAAGACAUGAUGAAUCAAAUCAAUGCAGAGAAGUUGGAAUUGGCAAGAAAGAAAGCACAGCUUGAAUCAUCAAAUGAAAGAUUGAACUCACAGAAGCUUGAUCUGAACAAUAAACUUACUCAGUUUAAUGAAGAAAAACAAAUUUUACAACAAAUUCAGCAUGAACUAGAACAACGAGAAGCAGAAACAAACGCAAUGUCACAAAAAGCAAUCGAUUCUGAAGCUGAUAAAGAAAGAGUUUAUGCAGAAGCAAAACGAAUUCAGGAAGAACAAAGUAAAAAACUUGCUGAAAUUCAUAAUGAUAUGAAAGAACUUGCAAAUCAAAGACAACUUCUUGCUGAGGAAAGGAAGGCACUGGCGCAAGAACGCAGUGCUGGUGGACCUAUAUUUUCAACGCGCCUCAACUCAGCUGUGGCAUCUCCUGUUGGCCAUGUGGCAUUGGCAUCUACCUCAACCACAGUGACACCAAUCAAGCAAAGACUGGUGAUCGGACAUCCAGGCAGUCCAGGACAAACCAAUAGUCCUGCGGGAAUGGUGUUAUGGCAACAUUCUGCUAAAAAGGAUCAGAGUUUUCUAGAGGAUGAGCAAUUUUUCCUGGAAACACUAAAAAAUUCACCGUACAACAAGAAAACUUGAUUUUCCGUAGCAUUCAAACGACUUGGUUUUACUGUUGUCUUAAUUGUUUCAAACACUGUUCAGGAUAUUUCUCGGCAUUCCAACUACUGGUUAACCAAUGCUGUCCUAGUUUUUUCAAAUGCUGUCCAGCUGUCUGUUCGACUCUUUAUGAUAAUGCUGUAAGAAACUCUACCUGCAUCUCUUAAAUGAAUAGUUCUGCGUGUUCAAGUGGUUCUUUGAUUCCUAUUUUCGCAUAUCUUCAUAUAAUAGUAUUUUAGUACAUCGACUGUUUAUUUUUCUGAAUCCACGAUUGAAUUAUUGUUGUUCUCAAAUCUGUAUUAUUCAUAUGAUUCGUUCUAUUUUUAUAGAAAGGGAAUAUAUUUUUAUAAGAUAUAUAACGAUGGGUUCUGUUU